CUAACCUCCACGCCGGGCCAUACAGGCUCCUGGCAGAGUGGGAGCGGUGCUCCGGGAGGACGGUCAGCCAGGGGGGGUAGGGGAUGGAGCUGGAGCACCCCGGCGGCGGGUGUGGCCCCGGCGCCAGUGAAGCCAGCGCGUGUGGGGCCACCGGCCCUCACCCAGGUGCUGCCCGACCGAGAGGGGAAGCGCUGCAUGUUCUGUGUGAAGACAGCCUCCCGCACGUACGAGAUGAGCGCCUCCGACACGCGCCAGCGCCAGGAAUGGACGGCGGCCAUCCAGACCGCGAUCCGGCUGCAGGCCGAGGGGAAGAUGUCUUUGCACAAGGACCUGAAGCAGAAGCGGCGCGAGCAGCGGGAGCAGCGGGAGCGACGCCGGGCGGCCAAGGAGGAAGAGCUGCUGCGCCUGCAGCAGCUGCAGGAGGAGAAGGAGCGGAAGCUGCAGGAGCUGGAGCUGCUACAGGAGGCGCAGCGGCAGGCCGAGCGCCUGCUGCAGGAGGAGGAGGAGCGACGCCGCAGCCAGCACCGCGAGCUGCAGCAGGCGCUGGAGGGCCAACUGCGCCAGGCGGAGCAGGCCCGGGCCUCCAUGCAGGCCGAGAUGGAACUGAAGAAGGAGGAGGCUGCCCGGCAACGGCAGCGGAUCCAAGAGCUGGAGGAGAUGCAGCAGAGGCUCGAGGAGGCCCUGCACCUGGAGGUGAAAGCUCGGCGGGACGAGGAGGCCGUGCGCCUAGCCCAGACCCGCCUGCUAGAGGAGGAGGAGGAGAAGCUGAAGCAGCUGCUGCAGCUGAAGGAGGAGCAGGAGCGCUACAUCGAGCGCGCGCAGCAGGAGAAGCAAGAGCUGCAGCAGGAGAUGGCGCUGCAGAGCCGCUCCCUGCAGCAAGCCCAGCUGCAGCUGGAGGAGGUGCGGCAGAACCGGCAGAGGGCCGACGAGGACGUGGAGGCUGCCCAGCAGAAGUUGCGCCAGGCCAGCACCAACGUGAAACACUGGAAUGUUCAGAUGAACCGGCUCAUGCAUCCAAUUGAGCCUGGAGAUAAGCGUCCCACCACCAGCAGCUCCUUUACAGGCUUCCAGCCGCAUCUACUUGCCCGCCGCGACUCCUCCCUAAAGCGCCUGACCCGCUGGGGAUCCCAGGGCAACCGGACCCCCUCGCCCAGCAGCAGCGAGCAGCAGAAGUCCCUCAAUGGUGGGGACGAAGCUCCCAUCUCAGCUUCUACCCCUCAGGAAGACAAACUGGACCCAGCACCAGAAAAUUAGCCUCUGCUAUCCCCUCCCGCCCUCCAACCUCAUACCCACCAGAACCUGGCCACAGCUGGCCUGUGGGUGAUGCCAGCCCCCCCAGAAGAGGGAGCUGAAGUCCUGGUGCCAGGAGCCCCCUCGGCCCUCCAGCCAUGACACAGUCCAGAAUGGAGCCUAGUUCAUUUUUGGCACCAGCCCCAGACCCCUGACCACUGAGGCUGUCUGGGAUGUUGAUCCUUGAGAACUUGAUCUUGUGCCUUAACCCCAAGGACCCUGUGCCCUGGGCUGGAUAAGAGAGCAGACAAGCAAGCCAACGGCGUGUGCCCUCAGACGGCCACCAGGUGGUGGAGGCGCAUUUCCAAAUAAAAAUUGCUCUUGGAAUGAACCCUU